AUGGGCAACAGCCUGCCGCUGCCAUGCGUGUGCCGCUGCUGCUGCCACGACGAGGUCAACGAGCUCGAAGAAGGCACCGCCGCCGUGGCCGGCGGCGUCAAGAAGAGGAGGAGGAAGCAGCAGCAGAGGCCUGACCGCAGCAGGAACGUCUGGGCGGCGCGGCCGAGGCACGUGGUGGUGCCGGUCGUGGACGACUUGCCGGAGGACGGCGACGGCGGUCGGGACCAGGAGGCGUGGCCCGAGUGCCGCGUGGAGCUGGCCGGCCACGGCGAGGACGGCGCGGUGCGGGUGAGGAUCGUGAUGAAGAGGAAGGACAUCGCGCAGCUGGUGGCGAGGCUGGAGCAGCACGGUGCCGAGGACAGGAACGCCGCCGGGAUGGAGGAGGUCGUCAGCACCGAACUCGCCGGCUGCAACGGCGGCAACGCCGACGGCGGCGGCAGCGUCACGGUGAUGAGCCCGUGCCGGGACGCGUGGAGGCCGCGGCUCUCCAUCAUACCGGAGAACUAG